AUGUCAGAAUCCUGCCAGAAUCUCACCUACGUUCGGGGCUCUGUGGGUCCAGCCACCAGCACCCUGAUGUUCCUGGCAGGCGUGGUGGGCAAUGGGCUGGCCCUGGGCAUUUUGGGUGCUCGACGGUGGUCACACCCCUCAGCCUUUGCAGUCCUGGUCACGGGACUAGCACUUACGGACCUUUUGGGCACGUGCUUCCUGAGCCCAGCUGUGUUUGUGGCCUAUGCCCGCAACAGCUCGCUGCUGGGCCUGGCCCAGGGUGGCCCCACGCUCUGCAAUGCCUUUGCCUUUGCCAUGACCUUUUUCGGCCUGGCCUCCACGCUCAUCCUCUUCGCUAUGGCAGUGGAGCGCUGUCUGGCGCUCAGCCACCCCUACCUCUACGCCCAGCUGGAUGGGCCACGCUGUGCCCGCCUGGCACUGCCCACCAUCUACGCCUUCUGCACUCUGUUUUGCUCACUACCCUUUUUGGGCUUGGGCCACCACGAGCAGUACUGCCCAGGGAGCUGGUGCUUCAUCCGCAUGCGCUCGGCGGAGCCCGGUGGCUGUGCCUUCUCAUUGGCCUAUGCCAGCCUCGUGGCCCUGCUGGUAGCCGCCAUCGUCUACUGCAACGGCUCUGUCACUGUCAGCCUCUGCCGAAUGUACCGCCAGCAGAGGCGCCAACAGGGCUCACUGGUACCUGGGCCUCGAGCAGGCGAGGAGGAGGUAAAUUAUCUGAUCCUACUGGCCCUCAUGACAGGCAUCAUGGCUGUGUGCUCCCUGCCACUCACGAUCCGCGGCUUCACACAAGCCAUCGCGCCAGACAGCAGCGAGAUGGGGGAUCUCCUCGCCUUUCGCUUCAUCGCUUUCAACCCCAUCCUGGACCCCUGGGUAUUCAUCCUCUUCCGCAAGGCUGUCUUUCAGCGCCUCAGGCUCUGGCUCCGCUGCCUGGGCCCCCGGGCUGCCCGUGGAGAUUUGCAGACACCCCUGGCCCGGCCCACCUCCAGAAAGAAGGACUCACUGCCUCUCUCUGCCCUGAAGACGAAGGGGAGCUGGGUGCCCAUGUCAGCCUGGGAUGAGGGGCAGAUGGCCCCCUUGCCUCCUGAACAAGGGUCUGGCAGCCCCAUGGCAGCAUCCAAGGCGGAACCUGCUGCUGUGGUCUGCUCUCUUUGCUGA